GCUACGGCUGAACUUGUAGCUAAACAGAUGAAAAGAGCCACUGAAGAUAGACUCCCCCUCCCUAGUCCCGGCGCGCACGCACCUUUUCCAAACCUCCUUCCAGGAUUUAUUGCACGCAUCGAAUCGCUCGCAGGGGGGGAAAGAACAAACAAAUGGUAGCUCUGAGACCCAGUGAGAAAUGUGUAGCUGGUGAUGAUGUCGCCUCGGGAUUCAGUGGAGUGGAGGUGAUGUCAACGUGCGUGCCUUCGGAGCGCACACACACACCCCAAAUGAACGGGGCUGCUGGCACAGGAGAACGAGCCCGUCCCCACGUCAUUGGUGGCACCGAUUAUAAAUAUGGUCCCACCAAGUCUCUGGUGUUCUGCACCUCUCCGCUGGCUGGAGCCGAGGAGGGCAACCCAAGAAGCAGCUCCUCGCUCUUGGCAGCCUCUUCGCGUCCCAGGAGAGAGUUCCCGCUUCGCUCCUCUCCAGUGCUGGGCUCCCUCCCUGAAGCGAGGCGGAGGCGGCAGGGGAGACGACCAUCUCCCCCGAGGCUUGCGGAGGACGCUCGCUGCCCCGCGAAGGGAAGAAGCCGAUGGAGCUGCUGCUGGCCCUCCUGGCAUGGCUCUCGCUGGGGGUCUCCAGGGCCCCCGCGGGGCUGCACGGCUCCCCCUGCGAGCCGGUGCGCAUCCCCAUGUGCAGGAACAUGCCCUGGAACAUCACCCGCAUGCCCAACCACCUGCACCACAGCACCCAGGAGAACGCCGUGCUGGCCAUCGAGCAGUACCAGGAGCUGGUGGCCGUGGGCUGCAGCCCGGUGCUCAGCUUCUUCCUCUGCGCCAUGUACGCGCCGAUCUGCACCGUCGAGUUCCUCCACGACCCCAUCAAGCCCUGCAAGUCCCUCUGCCAGAGAGCCCGCGACGGCUGCGAGCCCAUCAUGAAGAGGUACAACCACAGCUGGCCCGAGGGCUUGGCCUGCGAGGAGCUGCCUGUCUAUGACCGAGGGGUGUGCAUCGCCCCCGAGGCCAUCGUCACGGAUCUUCCUGAAGAAGAUGUGAAGUGGAUUGAUUUAUCCGACGACGUCAUGGUCCAAGAAAGACCUGCGCAUCCCGAGUGCAAGAGCAUCAACCACGAUCGCUGCAAGUGUAAGAAGAUAAAGCCCACGCUCGCGACGUAUCUGACCAAAAACUACAGUUACGUUCUUCAUGCUAAAGUAAAGAGUUUGGAGAGAAGCAGCUGCAAUGAAAUAACCACAAUGAUUGAUGUGAAAGAUGUGCUGAAAUCGUCAACCCCAGUUCCCCGUUCUCAAGUACCCCUGUAUACUAAUUCUUCCUGCCAGUGUCCACCUCUUCUUCCAAAUCAAGAUGUCCUCAUUAUGUGUUAUGAGCGGCGCUCACGGUUGAUGCUUCUUGAUGGAUGCUCAGUUGAAAAAUGGAAGGACCCUUUAAGCAAAAGAUUUAAGAGGUGGGAACAGCGACUUCAAGAACAGAAGUUACGAGCAGUCCCUAAUAAAAGCCAGAAUGCGAAAAACUCCGGUCAUAGUGGAAUACCAAAACAAAACUCGAAGAACACCAACCCAGUGCUCAGUGCUCCUAAGAAAACCAACAAACUGAAAAAUGACCAAAAAGGAGUCAGUCCCAAAAAAAUAUGAGUGAAGGAUUUCUCCAAGGAAAAGAUUUGCUUGCAUGACAAAGGUUACAAGCUGGCCUGAGUGGUGUAUGUGUAUUCCUCCAACUCAUCGACUUAAAAAUUCACAGCAGUAUUCCAUAUAGACAUUAUUUGCAGCAAUUUACUUCUAAAGGAUCACUUUUUCACUGUAAGCCACAGAUAUAGUAACAUGCAGUAACAUGUGAUGGGUUGAUGAAAGGCAGUAUUGACUAGGCAUAUAUUUAGAGUAGCCAGUCAUAGUUUACCAAUAUGCAUCUGGAUAUGCUAUUCUGUGAUUUAGAUGUGUGUGGCAGAAAUUUGCCUGUAUCCUAUGGUUGGAUUUGCAUGUGUGUUCCAGAGGUGGCAGCCUUUACUAUUUCCCUCUCUCACCAGGCCCAAAGGGCAAUAAUACACUUUGGCACUUGUACUUCUUACAGCAAUGCCAAUGAAGGAGGGAUCCUCAUUUUCUAGUGUUGUCCUGCAGUCAUGCCAGGUUUGAACAAGCCCUUCACACUCUUUUUGCAUAGCAGGGUCCAAACCCAUGGCUGCCUUGUCAAGAGCUAACAUGCACAGCCAUUCAUUGUCUUAGAAUUGUGUGUGUUUGUGUAGAAAAUGCAUACUCAAACUUUUUUCCCCAUUUUCAUCAGGCCAGUUUUUGUUAGCCAUGUUAAUCGUCGCAUUUAAACAUUUAGCUGAAAAACAGUACUUAUGGGGGAAAAUUGGAAGUGUACAAGUAGUACCUCCUUACUUGCCACAUAAACAGAGAUACUUUUACAUCACCAAAUGAAACAAUUUAAAGCUUGCUACUGAACAUCUGACAACUAGUAAGCCGAUCAUACUAUUCUGAAAUAGAGCUAAAGAAUGAAAGAGACACAUCUCUUUUGCCAGUUUAGCACAUUUGACAUUUUACUAGCAGCUUGACCUGAAACGUAUUUGCUGAACCAAAGGUUUUCCAGUCUUUUGAAGUCCACAUGGAUCUCUUCUGGGCUUGGGACAUUCCAUUAAUUUAAAUGGAUAUGGAUGCAAUUAGAAAGCAUGCACCAUUAUGUGCAUGGACAAGAUUGUUCCACUGAAAUAAAUGAGAAGUUUUGAGAACAUCUUUUCAUGCACUAGGCCUCCUCCUGUUCCCAUAAACUGUCACCAUUGGCUGCAGUACAGAGGAGCAUGCAUGCAAGUCUGUAAGAACAGCAAGGCCUCCUGCUUUCUUUUCAGAACAUCAACUUCCUCCAGGCCCACACCUGCUGCACUAUAUAAGAAGCUGCAAUUCAGUUGAUCUCCCCCGCUCCAUUUGAUACAACAAAGUUUGGAUGCUGAUGUUCUUGCCUAACAGCCACAUAGCUGCAUGAUACAAACACAGCCAGGCUUUACCAUUGUCAACUAUGGGAUGACUUGUGUUGACGUUUUUUGUUUUCCAUAUCUGACAAUGGGUUCCAUUUGUGCACGCAGGGGUUUUUUGGGGGGGAUUGUAACCACUAAGAUUAAGUAAGUUCCUAUGGGUCUACAUUAUGGGUGCAAUCCAGGUAUAUGCACUUGUAACCUUCUGUUUCUAUCAGAAUCCAUGCUGAAAAGAAUAAUAUUGAAACACUCAAGGCAAAUAAGGAAAUGUAGGCACAUUUAUACUAUCAACAAUAUACUAUCAACACUCUAUCGAUCGUACCGUGUUUCCCCAAAAAUAAGACAGUGUCUUAUAUUAAUUUUAGCCCUCCAAAAAGCACUAGGGCAAUUAGCGGUACAUCAGAAAUUACUGCUAGGUCUUACUUUCGGAGUAGGUCUUACUUUCGGGGAAACAGGGUAAAGCCUCUUGCAGUUAUACUCACACAACACAAAUCCAAAACACAAUUCCAUUAUCAUCAUUGCAUUGCUAUUUUAAUAAAUAUUGUCGUUUUGAUGUUUCCCUUCAACCAUUAAAUGAGUUGAUUGAAAUUUCUGCAGCAAUGAUUUCUAACAUGGUUCAUUUCUGAUAUUUUAUUUCUGAAAACAAAACGUUUCACAUUUCCUUUUUUUUUUAAACUGAAAGGCGGGAGUGGGAAGUGGAAAAUGAUUGCCAACAUAGAAUUUGCACCUUUCCUUCAUAAUGCAAAUGACCAUGAUUAACAUUCCACUGUAUGAAAUAAUAAAUGUUAAACCUCCA